GCAAAAUUAUACAGUAGGGUUGACUGACACGGCGCUCGGUGUGCGGGGAUAUGGCGGGUUUCGGAAUCAAGAACAAAGGCGACAGGGGCUUCUCUGCAGACCGAGGGCUGAGUAAAAUUUACACUGAACUGUGGGAGUUAGACGAGAACAGACUCAAACCUGGAACACAUUACUGCAUCAAUCUGCAAGGAGGUAGGUACAAGACAUACCAAUGUCGAGACCAGGCGAAGGACCCUCUGUUCUCUUGGGUGAAAGAGGAGGUCCUGCGGUGGCCGACCUACCGCACGUUCAUCAAGCUCCUGGACAACUAUGAGACAGAAACUGGAGUGGCUGAGGUGGUGACUCCAGAGGAGGAACAGGAGAACUGGGCCUUCCUCAACUCCUGCAUGGAGACCAAGGUGAUGAAGAAGGCCCACCAAUAUCUUGUCUCAAAGGGAGAAGUUCCCAGCAGCGAACAGUCAUUCAAACUAAAGCUGUAUGAGCUAUGGUUCAAGUUGUACCGGAGGACGGGGGAUACCAAGGAGUGUGACUCGAGUGGUUUCGAGCACGUGUUUGUGGGGGAGACGAGGGGAGAGAAGGAGGUGAUUGGUUUCCACAACUGGAUCCAGUUCUACCUGCAGGAGAAGGCCGGCCACGUGGACUACCAGGGGUACAUCCUCGGCACAAAGCCUGAAGAGGGAGCAGAGUCUCACUUGCUGACUAUCAAAUUCAAGUGGAAGGAACAGGUGAAGCCAAUAGGGAGCUCGUUCAUAGGGACCAGUCCAGAGUUUGAACUGGCUCUGUACACCAUUCUCUACUUCUGCUCUGCCGACAGACAUACCGAUGUCACCAUUGCCGGGCAGGACGUGGUCCUGGCCUGUUUCAAGAUGGGACGCCACGGUCUCGGCACCUGCCAUCCCAAAUUACCCAAAGACUAGACCACAUUUUACUGGAGAACUGUAUAUACACUCUUUUAACGGUGUAUCAAUUAUCACAAAUUAAUUGUGAAUAAUGGCUUUGGUUUGAGAACUCUUCACUAAUUCUUUCCUCUGUGACAUUAAUUACUUUACGUGAGUGGGGAAUGUUGUAUAAUAUAUUGGUCAUCUGCGAAAUUGUUA